GUUUCAGUGGCGCCUAAUCUUCCAGCUAUUUCCGCAACAGCAGGCGCCGGGGUGCUGCUACUCUGCAAGAUAAGAAUGUUCUCGGUUUGCUGCUACCGCUUGGUCCUCGCCGAUGGCAAAGUUGUUGUUUCAUGGAGUAAAGUUGUCAAACGAAACGGAGCCGAGAAGCCGGUUGGUUGGUUUGGUUUUAGUUUUUAGUCGUGGUCCAGUGCUCGACAAAUUGAGCCGCGAAGCGCCGAUCGGCAAAGGAACUACCACGCGACUUAAGUUUAUCGAAGUCAAUCGGAAGGGUUGUUUUUCAAAAUUUUGUGAAUGCUCACCCCGAGUGACGUUGUGUUGCUUUUAGUGAAAUUUUUCAUAUUUUUUUUUGUUCGUAUAAAGCUCACAAACUAUGAUUGGGAAAGCAGUAGUACGAUUUUCCUUGACUUUAAUUGUGACCGCCAUGGGAGUAUCCGCUGCCAUUAAAUGUCACGUUUGGAGGGAAAUACUGCCAUGUGAAUGUCAGGUAUCUGCACCACAGACGAGAAGCACUAGUGUAACUUGUGAGAAUAUGUUGUCUUUUACACAAGUUGUAGACAUCUUAAGGGGCCGGUUUCAUUCCAAUGAAAAAAUCAAUUUACGGCUGGAAAGAUCGAAUCUACAGGAUCUGCAGUAUCGAGAGUUUCGAGAAAUCAAUGUGACUAUCGAGAGUAUUAAGCUCAAUCAUGAUUAUUUAGGAUAUCUCGACGAAAACACCUUCAAUGGCAUGUCCAGAGUAACCUACGUAAGCUUCGCUGAUACCCCGAUUGAUGCCAUACCAGGACACCUCUGGAAAUAUAUGCCCAAUAUUCAGACAGCCGAUCUUGGAAGGACAAAAAUAAAAGAAAUAAUGUAUAACGACUUCCAAGAUUUACAUGACAUAAGAACACUAGUUCUUUCUGGAAAUCAAAUAUCUAGAAUCGACCGUAGCUCAAUCCCGUACCAAAUUCAGCGAUUACACCUCGGCCGAAAUAGGAUAUAUCAUUUGAAUGGGACCUUGACAGGUUUGAGAAAUUUAAGUUGGUUAUUUCUGAAUGCAAACGAGUUUGUGGAUUUGCAAGGACAACUUCCGUAUGAAGCUCCACAUCUGAGAAUGAUUCACGCGUCCCAUAACAGGUUAGUGAGGGUUCCUCAAGAGUUAUCUAACUAUCCGCGGCUUGAAACAGUUUUCUUGAAUAAUAAUGAAUUUACCACACUGGAUGGAGCGGUUUCGGGAUGCAAGGCUCUGGAAAGGAUAGAUCUCGAAUCCAAUCAAAUACACACAAUCACUGCUACUGAUUUCUUAGAAUGCGAAGUGUUGGAUACAUUAGAAUUAGCUCACAAUCAAAUAACUACACUGAAUAAUUCUCUGAUUCCUCUGAAAAGCUUGGAGACGCUAAAUAUGCAAUACAAUCUACUCACGGAGUUCUCUUUCAAUGAAAUAAUUGGCUUGGAGAGGCUCAGAAGAAUUGAUUUGUCCUUUAACCAGAUUUCUAAUUUGGUUGGACCAGCCUCGAACCUUGUCGAGCCCAACAUCAGACUAACUGAAUUAAAACUCGAUCACAACGCAUUAGAAACUUUAAAUGCAGCUCUGAGCGGCCUCUCAGAGCUGCUUAGACUCGAUCUUAGCUUCAAUAAAUUGAGAAGAAUAUCUCCCGACGAUUUGAUAAACCUAGAUCAACUAAGGUUACUGGAUAUUUCGCACAAUCAGUUGAAAACUUUGGAAGAAAUGAGCAAAACAUAUCUACCCAGAUUGUCUGAAUUGAAAGCGACCCACAAUCAGCUAACCAUAUUAGAGCACGAUUUCCAUGGCCUGCCUGUUCUUUGUGACGCGGAUCUUUCCAGUAAUCAUAUUGUAGCUUUGGGUAGAGAACUUGUAACGAAGACAAGGUGUAAGAUUGAACAUGGAGUGCACGAUGGUACAUAUGAUACCUUAAAAAUCUUACUAACAGAUAACCCUAUUCUAUGUGACGCAGCCUUGCCUGAAAUUACAUCAGAAAUGGAAACGAACCACACUAAAGUAAUUGGUGUUUCUUAUCACUGUCCACCGCUUAAUGAACAACCAAUCACUUCCAGGCCGAACGGUUACUUAGGCUAUGUUGUUCCAAUACAAACGACUCCCAGUGUACCAGUUUUACGUCCGGUUUAUGGAAAUUCUGCUUACGAUUCUUCGCCAGAUCGGUUAGAAACACCUAAUCAGAUUCAACCGAACUUACAUUUGGCUCAAGCUCCAAGAGUAACUGAACAGUAUCAGAACUAUAAUAACCCAGAUAAUUCCGAAGGUCGUGAUGCAGCAGUAAUUCAACAAACAGUUAACGACGAACCGAUCGCAGUAACAGUUCUGAAAUCAGAACCAGUAUCCAAUCAGUCCCAAGAAAAUUUACCUCCUAAACUGAACACAACAACUCCGGUUGUAAUUGAUCCUGUUGUCCAAGGCCAAGUCAUCAACAAGUUAGCGUCGGAAAUUGAAGAACUUAAGACUAGGAUAGAGGAGAUUAGUGUCCAAAACGAAAGAUUGUUCAACAAAACGAUCUUAGAGCAUUCGAAUUUGACUGUGAAAGUUCCAUGAUUUUUACUCGUUGAUGUUUUAAAUUACGUCCUAGUCAUUUGAGUAAAGUUUAGUUUUACUGUAUGUAUUGAAGAAAAAUAGUUCCAAUAUCAGAUAUCUUACAGUAUUCAGUGUCACAGUGUCAGUAGAUAGAAAAUAUAUAUGAUAAAAGGUUCAUUUUUAUGUAUUGACUGUAGGAGUUUUGCAAACAUGGCUUGUACAUAGGUACAUAGAAUCCAAACUACGAAAAUUUCCUGCUAUCUGUUUGUUGUGUCAUAUAGGCAUAAAUUAAAUAGAAUAAUAUAUUUAUGAUACAGAUACUAUUGAAUUUAUUGUGUACAUAAUAUAAAGACUACAUGUAAAGCUUAAAUAGGACAGAACUGAUUGACAGUAAUCAUGUACCUAUGCUUGAAUUAUUUUUAUUUUUUUUCGCAAUCCUAAUAUCUACCUAAAUCUAUUUACAGGAUCAAAUCUAAUAGUACCUAUUACCUAUCAUGUUAUGAUUCAAGUUAAAACAUUCGAGAAAAUUUAAUUUCUAUUGCAAUACCUAGAUUAUUUUUUCAACUACAAAAUCUAAUUUUUGAAUAAUGAAGUGCAACAAACAGUUAGUGGCUUUAAUAAUAAAUAUUUCAUAGUUAAAUUAGGCAACAUAUGAAAUACAAUAAUUAAAAGUUCAAUAAUAAUAUUAAAAAAUAUGUAAAUAUGCAAAACACCUGUCCUAAAAUUGGCUGUUCACAAUUAAAAAAAUUAAAUUAUAUAAAUAUUUCAAAUACUUAGUAUAGAUAUAGAGGUAUAUUAUUAUUAUGUAGUAGUUAUAGGAUGUAUUUCGGUGUACAUAUCACGACUUUAUUGCUAUUGUUAGGUUUUUAUAUAGGCUGAUUAAAUAAUAUAUAUUAUCAUUUGAUUUUUAUUUAUAAAUAAUUCAUAAUUUCAAUACGGUUUAUUGUUUUUUUGUAGAAAGUUUUCAGUAUAAACUAACAUCUAAAUUAGAAUUUUUGAAUUACGUAGUUUGAAUAAAUUCAAUUAAUCCCUUUUUAUCAAAAAUUGGAUAAUAACUAUUGAAUAAGUAGCAACAGUCGAAGUAACAGAUCCAAGUAUUCCCCAGUUGAGUUGAAAAAAUCCUCCAGCGUGCACGCACACUUUUCGAGAUUGGCUUUGUUGUACCAGGAAAUUUAACUCUUUCAUGAAAAGAUUAUUCUUUUCAUUUUUCGAAUUCCGAUUUAACUUGUUCAAAAUGGAGUAGCAAAUUGAUGAAGUCUUUUGGCCUUCGUUUUGCAAAUCUUCUCCUAUU